GAGGGAGGGAGUAUCCCCUUCACCCGGGCCUCAGGAGGGAGUAUCCCCUUAAUCCAGGGUUCAGUAGGGAGUAUCCCCCCGGACCCGGGGGUGUGGGUACCUGGGCGCGCCCCCGCGUUCCCGGAGGAACUUCCCGGGAAGCCUCUUGAACAGCUUCCUGACGCUGCUCUCCGCCCUCCCCGCCAAGGGAAAAGGGAAGACACCAGGAUGGUUGAAAACUCGCCGGCCCCGCUGCCAGAAAGGGCGAUAUAUGGAUUUGCCCUUUUUCUAGGAUCGUGGUUUGGCUUCAUUUUAUAUUUUAUCUGGGCAUAUAUUCCUGAGACUUGGCUGUUCUCCUUGGGACUGACAUACUGGCCUCAAAAGUACUGGGCAGUUGCUUUGCCAGUGUACCUCCUGGUUGCUGUAGGAAUUGGUUAUAUAUUGCUUUUUGGGAUUAACAUGAUGAGCACAGCUCCCCUGAACUCCACACACACCAUCACAGAUAACUAUGCAAAAAAGCAGCAGCAGAAGAAAUUCCAGGAGGAAGCAAUUCCAGCAUUGAGGGACAUUCCCAUCAGUGAAGUAAACAGAAUGUUCUUCCUUCCUGAAAAAGGAAUCUGCAAUAGCAGAUAGUCAUUACUGAGGUUUGUUUGAACAAAGGAUUAAUGGAAGUGUUGCAUAAGGACAGUCAAAAACUCUCCAAGCUAAAAAAAAAAAAAAUACUCUUUCAGCUUGUAGAACAAAGGUUUUAUUUUUUUUUAAUCCCUAACUAAAUUUAUAUUAACACCUGGUAUUAUUUCCAUGUACCUACACAACCUGCCUUGCUAUGAGAAUUACACCACAUUAAUUUUUCAAGCCAUUCUUGGGAACUUAAAAGUGUUCUAUUGUCAUUUCCCUCUGAGAGGGAGAGAAACAGCUUUUUUUGGCCAUGGUUUAAUUCUGUUUUCCUUUUGGACAUAAUUUAAUUCUGUUUUUCUUUAAAAUUCAAGGAGAAAAUACUUUUGCUGGUCAAAUGUUGAGGAUUUAUUUUUAUUAAGUUAAUUGGGACUGUUCACGUUGUAAAUAUAAAGCUUUCCUUUGUAAAUGUUAAUAAAGUGUAGCUCACUUUUACAUGUUCAAAUUCA